UAGCAGCUUCAUUCGCUCUUCUUCUACUAACUACUUGCUCGCGAUAGUUUUAGAGAAAACUGCCGUGGACAACUCGGCCAGAAGCUAGAAAGUAUCAAGUGAAUCCACAACAUCACCACAAACGUAUUUUCAAGCCAGCUGGAGAAGAACUGCAGUGGUAGAACAUCAGCAGACGAAAAAGCAUAAAGCCUCUCUGUUUGCCCGUGUUGGUAUGCCCUCUGUCACCACAUUCUUCAAGAAGGUAGAGCCUUCCCAAGAAGAAUAUGAUUUAGCUGUGCAGGAGGGUGUCUUUGCAUACCACAUACAGAUCUAUGGACUGCACAGCACAACUAACACGGAAGCUUUAUGAGCCAAAGCUUACAUGUCCUAGGACAAAAUGUGACGCCAUAGUGAGUAACGUGUUAGCAACAUGGGCAACUACUUUGGUAAUACAGGAUGUAGACCAGGUUGAAUUUGUGUCCCUGUCCAUUGAUGCGUCCAAUCAUGGACAUGUAAAGCUGCUGCCAAUAGUAGUCAGAUAUGUAAAAUAUAUGAUGGCAGCACAUCUGUGGAAACAAAACUGCUUGAUUUUGUUGAAUUGAAUGGAGCAGAUGAAAUUACAGCUGAGGUCCUGGUGGUCAUCCAAAAAUGUAACCUGGAAAACAUUCUCUGCUGACUACAAAUACCAACUUUGGAGGACUGAAUAGGCUGGGGAGGGUCAAUGUCCAUACCAAAGUUAAAAAUGCUCUGCAGGGCGGCACAGUGGUCUAGGGCACUGCUAGCUGUGCUACCAGAGACUCUGGGUUCGAGCCCAGGCUCUGUCGCAGCAGGCCGCGACCGGGAGGUCCAUGAUUUUCACCUUUAGAGUUGAAAAACCGAAGGGCUUUAUUGAGUUUGUUGGCCAGGAGUACCAUAACAUUUUAGGACACAGCAAUGUUCGCUGGAUGUCCAUGCUCCCUGCUCUAGAAAGAGUGCUGAAAAUGUAUUUUGAAAUCCUUUUUUAUUUCUGAAGACAAAUGCUCUGUUGUCCUGUGAACAAUCUUCGAAGAUCCACUGACUAAACUUUGGCUGGCCUUUGUCCAUGGAAACUUGACCGUAUUCAGUGACACGAUCAAGAUGCUUGGAGGCCAGGGCCACUAUGCUGUGGAGUCCGCUGCAAUUCUGAGAAACGUUGAGGAAAAAUUGACUACAAGACGUGAUGACAACUUCAUUCCAGUUUUGGUCAGAGGACUUCUGAGAGAACUAGAGGAAAAUGGAGCCAUGUCUAAAGAGAGCUUUCUCAAAACAUCCCAAUCAUUCUUCACUACGGCUGUGAACUACUUGCAAGCAUGGGGAAAGCACACAGAUAAUCUAAAAGAUUUACAUUAUCUCCUUUUAAAAAGGCAACCUCUGCGUGAAGAGAUCCAGAAGGCAGCAGGCACACUGCAGGAUUUAUGCCCCAAUGUGACCAUCAAUGAGGAUGCAUUGUGUGACGAGGUUACUGGCCUGCAAGAGUUACUAAAGGGGGGAUCGCUUAAAGAAUGGAAAACAUCUGAGACACUUCUUAGUCACAGAUGGAGCAUGGUGGUUACCCACUUCAAAGAGAAUGACAUCCCACACCUGGCUAGAUUAGUGUUUGUUGUCAUGUUCUUACCUGGAAGUAAUGCACCAGUCGAGAGAGUGUUCUCCCAAAUGAAUGAUCUAUGGACAGCAGUAAGAAAUAGGUUCACUGUUUCUACCAUCAAGGCCAUGCUUAUUGUGAAGACAAACUUCAACCUCCCCUGCCAGGAGUUCAUGGAGAAGCUGGCCAGAGACAGAGCAAUCCUGAAAAAAAUACAUUCUUCUGAGAAAUAUACCAAUGAGAUGAGCCGAGAAAACCCCGUCGCAGGCUUGGAAAGCCCUCUUCUCAUGAUCCGCCAUUAGUAGGAGACCGGUGGUA